CAGAGGGACCCAGCAGCGACUAGCAAAGGCUGUAAGUCAUCACAUUCCAUGGAAACUUCCAGAUGAAACCAGAUGAAAAAGCGCUUCAACAAUAUUCCUAAACAACUGCUGGGACGACUGAACUCAGAAACACAGCAAGUCCUGGGAAGGUAUGGUGGCAGGCCUGCUGAAGAUCUAGGAUGCAUAAGGAACCCUCCCAAAGCCCUUCCUCAAGAGAAAAGGAGCUAGGAAGGAGCCAAGAAAAGAAAAAAGUUGAAUGGAAAAUUUCUAGAAGAAAAAAGAGAAACAAAGUCCAGAUUUGUGGUCAUCAAAGUGCAGUUUGCAACCCAAUGAGAUUAUAUUUGAACUAUGGCUCAGAGUGACUUCCUCUACCCAGAGAACCCACGGAGAAGGCAGGAAGUAAACCGUCUUCACCAGCAGCUUUUUGACUGUUUAUCUGACAGCUUCCAUGCCACUAAUAAGCUGAUUGAGGUUUUAAACAUGCAUUUGGGGUGCAGCCUGGCCUCUAUUGAGAUGAAAAGAGAUGGGACCAUCAAAGAAAACUGUGAUAUCAUCAUUCAAGCCAUGAUGAAAAUCCAAAAGGAAUUGCAAAAGGUCGAUGAAGCACUAAAAGAUAAGCUAGAGCCAACCCUUUACAGAAAACUUCAGGAUAUUAAAGAAAGGGAAACAGAAAAAAUUGCAAUAGUACAAAAGGUCAUUUCAGUCAUCCUGGGAGAAGCUACUUCGGCAGCCAGCGCCGUAGCUGUUAAACUUGUGGGCUCAAGUGUCACAACUGGCAUCAUUAACAAGUUGGUCACUGUGUUAGCUCAAAUUGGAGCUUCUCUCCUUGGUAGUAUAGGAGUUGCCGUUCUUGGCCUUGGCAUAGAUAUGAUUUUCCGUGCCAUCCUGGGAGCAGUGGAGAAAACGCAGCUUCAAGCAGCCAUUAAAAGUUAUGAGAAGCAUCUGGUGGAAUUCAAGUCAGCUUCAGAAAAAUAUCAUCAUGCCAUUACUGAGGUCACCAACACAGUGAAACACCAAAUGAAAUGAACGGCCACUGUGCCACUGGAAUAUUUUUCUACUUCUCAACAAUAGUGUUUUGCUUCUUUGAUUAGGUUCAUUUUCUGUAAGUUUCCAACCCGGACAGAAAUACAGUUAAGACGUUAGAAAGAUGGUUUUUAAAGAGAUGCUAAAACUAGAGGACUCCAGAGUUUUGUAUCAACAACAAAUGCCUGCAUCAGUUGGUGCUAGACCCUGCGAGGUAAAAGAUUAUAUCCCAAGAUACCUUCUUACUCUGCUCUCCCAGAUCAACAGUAGGUUAAAUGCUAGUGUAAAAGAGCAGGUCUAGGGGUUACCUCUUCCUUUUCUAACUCCCCAAAUUCUAAAAAUUUACAGUGAAUGCAGAGACUUUUAUUUCUACCACUAGCUUCAGACAUCAUUUAGUUCUAAGGGGAUGUACUUAGUAACUUCUGCCUAGAUACAAACCGCGGACCUUUGAAUGAAAUAGAAAUACUACCAUAAUUUUGACCUUCAGUUUAAGUCCAAUUUUCAAUAAGCUAGAAGAGACUGAAAUACGGGUUGUAACAAUUUACUUCAAUGACGAAAGGAUGCAAUGGUUCUGUAACUUCGACUAAUUACACCCUAUAGGCUUGAAUGGAUUUUUAAAAGAUGAAAGUUAAAACUGAAAAGAUAAAGGUUCUGUUUCUAUAGUUGCAAUCAACCCUGACCAACUGUGGUGUGAUAAUUAAUUACCUCUCAGUGUGAAUGUUUGAACACUCUGGAACGUUUUUAAAAAACAAACAUGCAAAUCCCAACUACACAUGCAUAAAAUGCAUUUAGGAUGCAGGGGAGGAAGUUGAUCCUCUUAGGAAUUUGUCAUUUAAAGGAGAGUCAUAAUUUAUUACCUCAUGAGUUUUCCAAAAAAAUGAAAUUUCAUUUUCUACACUAGCAGAAUGGAGGAAGCUCUCCCUGCUACAGAAAACUUUAGGUGCCCCAUUUCAUUAAUUACCUGGUUUCAGAAAAAUCCAGAGGCUAAGGAAGCCUAAUGGUUCAGUUAAUUUCUGCAGACACAAGUGUUUUCUAAAUCCUUCACCAACCAAUAACUCCCAAUUGUGACUCUUAGGUUCUACUACAUAAUCAUUAAUAAGUUGCUGACGUUAAGAAUGUGUUUGUUAUAGUUGUAUUCUUGCAUCUAAGUACAAGAAAUGUGUCGAAAUUUUAAAAGCUCAGCAUAUCUCAAAAAUUAAAAAGCUAGAUGAAAGACUUUAAUUUUUCAAAUGUACUUUCUUCUCUUCUGUCACUGCUUCUUAAAAUUAGUUGCAAAACUAAAUUGG